AACGCCCUGUAUGUACAGUACGUCUCACCAGCAGCGCUGCCGGUCCUCCAAUCACGCUGAAGACUCAUGAAUAUUAAGUUCCGUGUCCACGAGACGCUACAGCACGACGUGCUUAAUAUUUAUACUGCACCUCGUGCUCAGCUUUCUGACUGGCCAGUGGACUCGUACACAGCGUAAGCGUGGAGAGGCGGGGCGUCGCGGAGAGAUCUCGAGACGCGUUAAAAGCGGGCGUCACCUGCGGAUCUGCAUCAGCAUCAUCAGAGAGACACGCGCCGCCGCCGUCGAUUGUCUUAUGCAAUGAUGUCGCUCCAAAAACCUCCCCUGAGACGCAGCGCAUCAACCAUAGAAUCAACCAAUCGCAGUGCUCCUCUGUUGACCCCGCCCACUUCCCUCAAUCUACGCUCAUCGCACAACCAGCAGCUCAACUGUGACACCAUUAAGGAGGGCGUGGUCGCAGUAUCCACGGAAACGCAAUGCUCGGCGGCGCCCCCGAAGAGUUGUCAAAAAUACGCUCUGACCAGUAUUCAUCACUCCAUGGGCCUGAAUCAAAGCCCCGCCCCUUCGGCCCUAAGACGCGCCAAACCCACCAAAUCUGCCUCCUCCUCGUCUCUUCACUGCUCCUCUACCGUUCCUCUCUCGUUCUCCUCGUCCAACUCCAAACUGGCUAAAAACGGAACCAACCUUCAACUCAAAGAAGAACGGCUGGACCUCAACAAAAACGACAAGAAUCACAACGACGUCAUGUGCAGGAGCAGCUGCGAUUGGCUGGAGGGCAAAGGCAACCAGAAGAACCCUACAAUCAGAAGAAGAACCAAGAGUUUUCUAGAAUACCAUCGAGAGGAGAAGGUGUCCGUCAGCCCCAAUAAAGACCUGGUCACGCAGGAGGAGAAGCACCUCCUCUCCAAGCUGGAGGAGCAGACGUGGGCUAAAGAGAACCGUGUGGAGGCCCACCUCACCCUCCCCCAAAACCACCUGCUCCUGCUGACCGGCGAGGAGGAGCGGAGCCUCAAAUCGCUGGAGGUGUACCGGCGCCCCGACAACGAGCGGCCGAGAGGCGACUCCACCAACGCCGGGGGUUCUCCGGACUGCGUGAGCCCGGUGUACACGUUUCAUCUGAGAGGAGAGGAGGCUGACGGCUCACCCGCACCACCCGAAAAACAGGUGGAGGAGGAGGAGGAAGAUUCCAGCUGGACGACACUCUCACAGGAGAGUCCAUCUGUAGAGAGUCCUCGUGAGACUGCAGGUGUUUGGGAGGAAGGUUGUCAGGGGGAGCAUGUGUCACGGGAGUGUUUUUGGCAUGACACCGCUCAGCGGAAGCCUUCUGAAUCCUGUGAACUGAAGACAGACGAGGAGGUGAAGAGCGCCUGUCUGUCUGUACCGCCCCCUAGAGCUCAGAGUGAGGACCCGACAGAAGCUUCUGAGCCCAAAGAGAGAGAGAAUGAAAGAGAAGAGCUGAGAGAACAAGAGCCAGAGAGUUUGGGAGCUCAGGGUGGACCGUACAGCUUCAUUAACCACAGAGCUCAAGUUCCUGCAGAUACACUCAUACCCAUCAAUGACAUGGACACACAGGUGUUCUGGGUGAAUUAUCUGGGCUGGCUGGAGGUUGCAGAUGUCCAGGUGAUGUCCAGUAAGAGCAGCUCUGUGAUCAGUGACUGCAUUCAGCAGCUUCAGCGAGAACACGAGCACACUGGAGACAGAUCUGAGGGUCAAGCCAUGCUAUUGGUUCUUCAGGACGUCACUCUUACGCUGAAGGAUCCCAUCGAUCACACCCUCCUCCACUCUCUGCCAAUCAGCUGCAUGCGUGUGUGGGGAGUGGGGCGUGGCCUCAGCAGGUCAGACAUCAUUCACUGAAAGCUCUGUAAUGUAAUGUAAUGAUGCUUGUUAACAGCUUCCUGUGCCUCAGCGCUUCUGCUGACCGUUUGAUAAAGCGUGAGCUCUCGUGGUUUACUGCACGUAAAGCACACACGUGCGGAAGUAUAAUCGGAUAAUUCAUUUGAAUAGUGGAGUUUAUGAUGAAAAUGAUGAAGUGAUGACUGUUGGGGGUCAUUAAGUUGGGUUUUGUGGGCGGAGCUGUCAGGUGAUGUCCAGGAGACAAUACAGAGUACUGAUGUUUGUCUAUUUUUUUAGUUUUAUGAGUUUUUUUGAGUAUAACAGAUUAAUGUACUGCAGAGCCAGCAGUGAAGACAAAACAUAUUACACAACUAAACAUGUACGCAUGUCUGGGUUUGUGUUCACUGGGACUACUGCUACUGCUCUCAUCUCAUCUGUGCUAAAUGUUAUUGGUUGUGUUGCUGUAACUGUUCAGCUUAUACAUUAUGGCCUGUACGAACUGUGUGUGUGUGCGCGUGCGUGCGUGCGUGUGUGUAAUACAGUGGUGGACAGUAACGAAGUAAAUUUACCUAAGUACUGUACUUAAGUACACUUUUUGAGUAUCUGUGCUUUACUUGAGUAUUAUUUUAUAUAGUACUUGUACUUUUUACUCCACUACAUUUAUAAAAAGGUCCAAAAGUAGAAAAUGGUUUCUAUGCAGCGGGUUUUCCUGUGUGCGCAAUUUAUCUGGCUUGCGAUCUGCCAGGACCUUUUACUGUUGCCAAGUAUUUCAGUUUUUCUAAACUCGCGGUUUUCCGGCAAGCUUUGAAUGGCCAUUUUGCAGAUUUUUUAACGCAAAUCUGGCAACUGUGGGAUCUUCUCCGCUAAACUAACGUAAACGUAGGCGCUGCUACAUUGUUGAUAGCGCUCUAAAAAGGCAAAUAGAACAAUAAAAGAGGAAAAAGGCACAUGUUAAAGUGUAGUGUAAUCAUCUGUGGGUUACGAUCAGUCAAAGAUCGUAGAAACAUUGUCAUGAAAAUGAUCGGCUUAAAUAAGCAUCACAUACACCUUGAGCUACACGUGCGCGUUAACUUCUGAUCUGCUGCUAUCUCAUUUCAAGCGAUUUGGAGAAUGAAUGAUGUUUUUACUGAAGUAACUAUAGUUGAAGUAUUCCUGUUGAAAUAAAAACAAUAGAACCCUGCCCAAUAUACAACAGAAAAUGUAAUGGGUUUAAUGGUUAUAAUGGGAAUUGUACUAUGGAUACUUGUUGUCUACUUGUAUGUGAUGGAUUCUAUUGGUGGGAUGG